AUCCCACUCCCACCACGGCACCACGCUAAGCUAAACCCACACCACCUCGCCCAAUUAAACCCUCACCCAUUCUUUUUCUUUUCAACAAUUCUCUCUCUCUCUCUCUCUCUCUCUUCCGAAGGGCGGAGCAGUUGAUCGGCUCCGGCCACCGCCAAUCCGCGCCUCCGCCGUCGUGACUGCGCGACUUCGGAAGCGGAAUCUCGCGGGGGUUCGCGGCCCGUCGGAGGCCGAGGCGGAGGCGGAGGCGGAGACGGAGAAGGGAGGCUGGGAGGCUUCGUCUUCGCGCCUCCUCGGAUCCAAUCUGUUUAUAUCAAUUCCGAUGCUGUGCUGCUGCGCCAUUGGAGUAGUAGCAGAGACGAUCCUGCCGCCUCUGCACGAUUCCUUCGGUUCGGGGUUGAACGCAUUGGGGGCCAAGAAGGGAUUAUAGGCGCAUUGGUGUCAAGCGGUGGCCCCUAGGGUUUCCUUGUUGAUAGGAGACCCUAGGGUUUGUUUUUUCAUCAAUGGGUCACAUCCACUAAUUCAUAGUGCAAAUAGCUGCUUCUCUAGUGCUGGUGGCUGUGCACUUGUGCUUGUUGCAUCAGUAGCUUUGGCUGCCUUGGCUGUGUUGCUUGAGAUCAGCAAAGAUGUCGUCAGCCGGUAUAGCCACACUGAGCCCCCUGCUGGACCAGUUUUGUUUUGCGCCCCAUGGCGAGCCCCGGUUGCAGCAGCUGGAUUCUAUUGUCAUUUUUCUUGCCAUGCCAGGGGUGGCACCCAUGCCAAUGCGUGUCCUGCACUCAGACUCUGUUGCCUCGGUCAAGCUCCGCAUCCAGCAGUUCAAGGGCUUUGUCACUACCAAGCAGCGGCUGGUGUUCAGUGGGCAUGAGCUGUCACUAAACAACUCCCAUGUCAGGGAUUAUGGACUUACCGAUGGAAAUGUGCUUCAUCUUGUCGUGCGGUUGGCUGACCUCCGUGCGAUAAGCAUUGAGACUGCCAAUGGGAAGAAAUUUCAGUUCCAGGUGGAGAGUUGCUGCAAUGUUGGGUAUCUCAAGGACAAGCUCUCAGCUGAGAGUGGACAGCAACUUGGGAGUCUCAAGGACCAAAGGCUUGUGUUUGACGGUGAAGAGCUUGAGGAUAACCAAUUGAUUGCAGAUAUUAGCAAGAAGGGUGCUGCAGUUAUCCACUUGUUCAUCCGCAGGCCAGCAAAGGUUCAGACACAGCAGGGUGAUAAGGAAACUGUUGUUACAGUUGUUACUCCCAAAGACAAUGAUAACCUCCAAACAGAUGCUUUGAACCUUGCGAAACCAGCUAAGGGUAAACCUGCUCCAGUUGAGCCAAUCAUUGCUAAUGGAAAGGUGAAAUUGUCUCCUGCUGUGAUGGAAAUGAUCUACUCAACAAUUUCUGGUAUAGAAAACGGGUACCUUCCCGUGAUGUCAACAGAGGGUUCAGGGGGAGUCUAUUUCAUGAAGGACUCUUCAGGUGAAAGCAAUGUUGCAGUAUUCAAGCCUAUUGAUGAGGAACCAAUGGCAAAGAAUAAUCCCAGGGGCCUUCCUUUGUCAACUGAUGGUGAGGGGUUGAAAAGGGGAACGCGAGUAGGGGAAGGUGCAUUAAGGGAGGUUGCAGCAUAUAUUCUUGACCAUCCAGUUUAUGGAUGUAAAUCGUGUGAUGUUCCUGGAUUUUCUGGUGUACCACCCACAGCGUUGGUCCGUUGUUUCCAUAUGGGGAAGGGAUCUAAUAAGGUUGGAUCAUUGCAGCUGUUUGUAGAUAACAAUGGCAGUUGUGAGGAUAUGGGCCCUCGAGCUUUCCCAGUUAAAGAGGUUCAGAAGAUUGCCAUACUGGAUAUUAGGUUGGCAAAUGCUGAUCGUCAUGCUGGGAACAUAUUAGUGUGCCAAGAUGGAGAAGAUCACUUGAAGUUGAUUCCAAUUGAUCAUGGGUACUGCCUGCCAGAGAAGUUUGAAGAUUGUACCUUUGAGUGGCUCUACUGGCCCCAAGCCCGCGAACCCUUCGGUCCAGAAACCGCAGCAUACAUUGGAUCACUAGAUGCUGACAAAGACAUUGCGCUUCUCAAGUUCCACGGGUGGGCGCUAUCUCCCCAGUGUGCCCGAGUUCUGCGCAUCAGCACAAUGCUUUUGAAGAAGGGGGCAGAGAGAGGCCUAACGCCUUAUGACAUCGGCAGCAUCUUAUGCAGGCAAACAGUCAAAAAAGAAUCUGAAAUCGAGGCCAUCAUAGAGGAAGCAGAGGAUGCCAUCCUUCCAGGAACUAGUGAGGAGACAUUCUUGGAGACCAUCUCGGAGAUCAUGGACUUUCACCUUGAUAAGCUUGCUGUGAAGUUAAAGAAGUUCUGAAUAACUGAUCGAGUUACUCGAAUUGUGCCCGGUUGUAAGUAUGUAUCGUAGUCACUAAAUGAAAUAACGAGUUUGGCCGUUGAACUCAUUACCGUGGAACAUUUUGUGAAUAUAACAAGGAUCAUCCACUUUUUUACCUGUACUUGUAAUGUAGACUGUAGUUGCAUCGAGUGUUCUUUCUGCUUGGUAAUUUCAGCAAAACCUAGCACCUGAGAAGCUUGUUUGGAUCAUUGUCAAUGUAAACCUGUUUAAAGUGUUGGCAUUGCCAAAUCCUGAGAACAAUGUUUGGAUCAUUGUCAAUGUAAACCUGAUGAAAAUGUUUGGUGAGGGUUGUUUGGUUUGCUGCCAAAA